UUCACUUUGUCGACUGGUACCGCAACAGAGCUGUCAGUUAGCAGUGCGCUACCUGUACACGAGGACACGGAGUAGGGAGAGAACAUCGAUAGCGUUACAGGCAGAUCAACAGAGAGCGACUGGGUCAUGGCGGGCUCACGGAAAUACACAGAGAGAGACAAUCCAAGGGAAUUGUUUAAAAACUUGUAUGCCAAAGCUACUGCUCUAGGGUUGAGUGAAAAAGAUUGGAAAAAAUUGGACGCUCUCAGAGAUAUCAGGAAAGGUACCGCAAAGAAACCUUUUGUUGUUCGCGUGGUGGAAAAAGUAUGUUUAUUCACUUUGAUACUUUGUGCUGUUUUACUGUUUAUCAUUGUGACUGAGUGGCCAGUGAGUAACAACAAACUUUUAUUUGUUUGGUUUAAAGUUCAAGACCUUGAUCCAUAUCAUGAACAAUGUUUGGUUGAAAUGAGUGAGUCUAUCAGUGACUAUGUUCGCCCUCCAGUGGACUGCAGUUUUUGUGAAGGAGUUACACAAAUUGACAGAAUAACAAACAUCACACGAGAACAGUUUGAAGCAAAAUAUGCAUAUUCUGGUCGACCAGUUGUUGUCGAAGGAUCUACAGCCAAUUGGACGGCAAUGAAUGUGUUCUCUUUUAAAUUCUUCAAAAAAAUUUAUUCUGAAGAUAGCCCAUCUUUGGUUAAUUCAGACACAAAUUGUCAAUUUUUUCCGUAUGCUACAAGUUUUGAAAAUCUUGGCGAAGUGUUCAAUAUGAGUGAAGAGCGUGCCUUGAUGAAAGAUGGAUUUGAACCAUGGUAUAUUGGAUGGGGUAACUGUGAUUUCUCGGCGGCCAACAUCCUGAGAAAACACUACCAUCGGCCAGAGUUUCUUCCUGUUGAUUCGGAGUCGAGUAAAACUGACUGGAUCUUCAUGGGAAGUCCUGGACAUGGAGCCUAUCUACACAUAGACAAUGUGGAUCUGAUGUCAUGGCAGGCGCAAAUCACCAGCAGCAAGCGCUGGUUACUGGAGCCUCCUCCUGAGUGUUACUACAAGUGUGUCCACUCCAUGUCAACUGUUGUAUCUCCAGGGGAGAUAAUAAUUGUGGACACAAACAAAUGGUAUCAUUCUACACUGGUAGUGGGCAAGGAUGUCAGCAUCUGUAUCGGCUCCGAGUAUGACUAGCAACACUGGAGGAUACGGACGGAAACGUUAACUCUUGGAAACUAGUCUCGUCUACAGAAUCAGGAAAAAUUGAGUCAUGAGAGCUGUUUUGUGAAAACAAGGACAAGUUUAGAGGGUCAAGACUACAGAGUCUGACACCAGUUCAGAUUGGGCAAGGAAGGGGUAAUGAACAAAAUACUGGAGCUCCACCCAUCGAUCUGUUCCUCUCUACUUCAACUAAGUAAGAUGAUCUGUAUUUAACUUAUAAAGACAUCAAGCAGAAAGAUUUUUCUGGCAUUACGGUUGUAUACAAUGGGAUUGUGCAAAGUUUGUCUUAACGGUAAAUCAGGUCGGGGAUAAUACACUAUUAUUGUAUAUAUCAGUAAGUGUUUAUUGAUAAUACACCAUUAUUGUAUAUAUCAGUAAGUGUUUAUUGAUUUUAGUGUGCUGAUCCUAGGUUGAUACUGUGUAACAGGUUUUCUGUAUGGUAUAGAAAUUCUAAGUGUAAACAUGGAUACUUUGAUUUUCAAUAAAGAUCUGAGCAUGAAAUUCACAAAAGUUCAUGCCAAUAGUAGUUCCAUUUGAUGUUAAAGAUAAGGCUAGUGUGCUGCUAUUUAUGUAUAACUUUGAUGUUUAUAAAGAUUAGGCUAGCAUACUGCUAUUUUAUGUAUAACCUUGUAUAUAUACAUAGACCAUAGAUAUAUUUUAGAUUUCAAUACAUUAGAUUAGCGAUAGUGGAUCGGAGUUUGAUUCAGGCAAGGGAGAUAAUUAUUGUCAUAAUAUUAGAGUGAAAUAUUUCUUUUUACAAACUUUUAUAGAGUUUUCUGUUGGAAUCUACAUUAUACAUCUACCUUUUUACUGGUAUAAAUUGCUUUAAUAUAUAUUUUAUCUAUACACAUUUAACUGUUCCAAUCCAUGGAAAUUCUAAUCUAUUUAUCACCAUAUUGGUUUUAAAUUCUAAUCGUUGUAUUAUACAUGUUUUAUUGUCUCACUGGCCUGAGGGAGGUGGUCUUUGGCCAUAUAAAACAAUGUCUGUUGUCUGUACUCUGUAACUUCUCCAAUGUCUGUUGUCUGUACUCUGUAAGCUUCUCCUUUUAAAGUAGAAAUAUCGGGCUGUAGGAAUCAUAAUUUUAUAAUAAUCAUUCCUUUUCCAAGGGAUUUUAUUUCAUCAUUGUCUAAGGGUGGGGACCAAUAGAAGUCAUAUUUAAUACUUGAGCUCCUAAAACAAUUGUUAAUAAAAUUGUCCAACAUUAUCUGUAAUUUUAUAAUUAUAUAAUCAUGCUCCAUAUAACACUUUACAACUAGAACAAAUUUUUAGUUCAACUGACCCAAAUAGCUGGCAAGCUUAGCCAUGGCACAGCAUCUGGCGUUCGUCCGUAGUCCAUUAGCAUUUCCUUUUCCUAAAUAUCCAGAAUUAUAAUAAUGUAUGCAGGCCUCUGGGUGUCUUGCCCAAGCUUGUCUUAAAACAUGUUGGUUACUGGACUGUGCAUGAAUACAGGUUAAUGGACUCUACAUAAAUACAGGUUAAUGGACUCUACAUAAAUACAGGUUAAUGGACUCUACAUAAAUACAGGUUAAUGGACUCUACAUAAAUACAGGUUAGUGGACUCUACAUAAAUACAGGUUAAUGGACUCUACAUAAAUACAGGUUAAUGGACUCUACAUAAAUACAGGUUAAUGGACUCUACAUAGAUAACAGGUUAAUGGACUGUGCAUGGAUACGUGUUAAUGGACUCUACAUGGAUACAGGUUACUACACAAAGAUAAUUAAGGUAAAUUAUACUCUGUGCAAGUUGGACUGUUUAUGUAUGAACAUAUUGAAUACAUUUCUGACUGAACAUCAAUACAAGUUGAGUCUACAUGAAUACGGGUGUGGCUGUCAAUGAAAUUGAGAGGAUAUUUCUUCAUUUGUUAAGUGUAUAUUUCAAUGUGCAAUAAGUAACCUUCACUGACCAACACUUACCUGUAUCAGGUGUGUUAUAAUAUUUCUACCUGUAUCAGGUGACUUAUAAUAUUUCUACUUGUAUCAGGUGAGUUAUAAUAUUUGUAUAUCUGUAAUGUUCUUUAUCAACUUAUAUAACAUGCAUGCAGUGUUCUAUUUACAUUUAUCUGAAUGUAUAAGUUUGGGCCGGUAACCUACCUAACACUUAUCAUUGUUAAGUCACCGUUAAUCAGUCUGUCUUUGUAACUCCGCCAGCUAAGGUAGACAGUUAUACUCCGAUGAAU